UUGACCCUGGACAGGCGUGCUUUCUCGGUGUGAUGUCUGGAGCUCUAAUUUACAACCAACACAAAACUGUGCUCUGGAUUCUUCAGCCUGGUCGCGCUCAACAGGCCUCCAGAGGACAGCGGCUGGCCCAUCACCUGGGAAGUCUUACGGCCGAAUCAACACCAGUUCGGCCUGAAGAUUGGGCUUCCAGGAGCAGCCAGCCACAUGACCGACUGUGUCCAAGUUGUCAGGGCGCAGUGAAUGCGCCACGGACCCCACGGCCCUGUUGCUCCCCAGGUGCCCUCAAGCCAGACAGUCCGGUCUCAGGCACGUUCCCAGGGUUCUGAGAGAUUUCCCAGGCGCCGAAGCCCUGGGAAUGGCGGGCCUCCGGCGUCGACGAGUGUCCAUGUCUGGUGCCACUUUACAUUGGAUGUCAUCGGCCGUAGGCUGCUUGGGGCUUUUAAGCCCAACCUCUCCCUCCCCCUCCAUCCCUUCAGUCCCUACGACUCCAAGUUUGCACAGCCAAAAAAAAGAAAAAAGAAAAAAACUGCAUUCCAAGGGCAUUUUCAAACAUCAGACUUGAGGACUAUCGGCCUUGUCCCAUCUGACCUCCAUUGUUUUGCCCCUUACGACAGAAUCUACCCAGUUCCAGCAAAUUCCUACCUAACCCCCCUUGAGUGAUUCUGCGUUAGGGCGCAUCCCACUGCGGGGAAGCCCUACCCCAAAAGUGCGUUGACGGGGCGGACGCAGAGUCCCACCCAUUCCUGACAACGACUUGUACUGCCUACCGCGCACGUCAGUCCGGGCUUAGAGGCAAGUCACCACAAACCUAGUCGUGCUUCCGGAUCUCGAUCCGAGGGACGACAACGCCGUCGUCAUUGGCAAAAAAAAAAAUGGCGCACCUCCAAGACGACCGCACGUCGUCCCCUGAUUCCGAGGGGGAGGCAGACGAGAUGGCCGUCCUCGUGGCUGGCGGCAGCCAGCAGCCUCGACUAGGCCAUCACGAUGUCGUGGAAGAGCACGAGGACUCGGCAUCGCCGACGACCGGCAGUGCCCGUCUACACGACAGCGCUGGGCCUGGCACCCCUGCGCCGCGCACGUCUAUGACGCCCAGGGUCUAUCAGCUGGAGUUGUUCCAGGCGAGCAUGGAGCAGAACAUCAUUGUUUCUAUGGACACGGGUAGCGGCAAGACACAGGUGGCUGUCCUCCGGAUAAUAUCGGAGCUCGAGCGCACCGACGCAGACAAGCGCAUCUGGUUCCUUGCCCCAACCGUCACACUAUGUAAUCAGCAAUUCGAAGUCCUUCGCUCGCAGCUCCCAUCUAUCGGUGUCAAGAUUCUCACAGGUGACGAUAAUGUCGACUCCUGGUCGAACCAAAGCAUCUGGGAUGCUGUUCUUUUCGAGACCCGAGUUGUUGUCUGCACGUACCAGAUACUGUUUGACGCCCUGAGCCACUCAUUCGUCACGCUGGAUACUAUAUCUCUUAUUGUCUUCGAUGAAGCACACAACUGCCUCGGCAACAACUCAGGUCGGAGGAUGAUGAUGCAGUUCUAUCAUCCUCGCAAGGAGUCCGGGCUUCCCGUGCCCCAUAUCCUGGGACUGACGGCCAGUCCGGUCAUGAGGUCCGAUAUCACCUCGAUGGAUUCACUAGAAGCAUCACUGGAUGCCGUCUGCCGGGGUCCUACGGUUCAUCGCGAUGAGCUCCUCGCCAACGUCAACCGGCCCCUUAUGGCCAUCGAUGCUUAUCCCAGACCCCCGGACCCCAUGACUUGCCCCACGGACAACAUGAGAAGGCUGCAGGAUGCGUUCAGCCAGCUCAAGAUCGCCGAAGACCCAUACGUCAUGCAUCUUUAUGCCCAAGGUACGGAUAGGAGCAAGAGGAUGCUCGAAAAAGUCUUUGAAAAUCAUGACACGUUCAUCCGCAGGCAGAUAAAGGCGUUCAUCAGCAGAAGCCAGACAAUACUGGAAGAGAUGGGGUCGUGGGCAGCGGAUAGCUACAUGUGCCAGGCUAUCAAGCGGGCCACCAAGUCGCGCACGAGAAGCUCCUACUUGGUGGGAUGGUUGGACGCUGAGCAGAGAUACCUGGUCAAGAUUCUCAAGGGAGUCAGGGCCAAGCCGCCGCAGCCACCAUAUCCGGCCUUCGAGACCAGCGCGCCAAAGCUGCAGGCUCUGCUGACGGUGCUCGCGAGCCAUCAAGGGAACCCCGUUGGCAUCGUCUUUGUCAAGGAGCGGGCGACGGCGGCUGUGCUCUCCAGCCUGCUGCAGGAGUUCCCGAUGAUCAACGAGCGCUACAAGGUCGGCUACAUGGUCGGCACAUCACGCAAUGCUGCGCGGAAGCGGGACUUUUACGACUUGUCCCCGAUGGAGGACGGUAAAGGCGCAUCGGCCCUGGAUAACUUCCGAAGUGGCAGGAUCAACCUUCUCGUGGCGACGAGCGUGCUGGAGGAGGGAAUCGACGUCCCAGUUUGCAACCUCGUCGUGUGCUUCGACAGGCCGGCCAACCUCAAGUCGUUCAUACAGAGGCGGGGCCGGGCGCGCAUGCGCUCGUCGCAGCUUCAUCUCCUGCUCGAGGAGGGGGAGCGGUUGGUCGCCCACGACUGGGAGGCGCUCGAAAAAGAGAUGAAACGCCGCUACGAGGACGAGAUGCGGGAGCUGGACCACCUCAAGCAGCUGGAGGAUGAAGAAGCGGAGAAUACAACCAUGGACGGCCCACUGGCACCCCUAAGAGCGAGAGACACGGCGGCGGAAAUCACGAUCAAAGAUGCUAAGGGUCAUCUAGACCACUUCUGCCGCGUCAUCGGGUCGAGAAUGUUCGUGGACCCAUCUCCCGAGUACCUCAUCAACGAAACAUCGAGCGAGAUACACGCCACCGUGCUCCUGCCCGUGUCGCUGCCACUGAAGCUGCGGCGGAUCAGCAGUAGCCGGGGGUGGAUGUCGCAGAAGAACGCGUGCAAAGACGCGGCGUUGCAGGCGUACAAGAUGCUCUACGAUGCUGGGCUGCUGAACCAACACCUGCUGCCCAUCAGGGAGGAAGUAGUGGCGGCUAAUCGAGACGUUGAAGGCAGGCCUGGCAUGAUGCUGGUGCAGCAGCAGUACAACCCCUGGGUGGACAUCGUCGCGGCGUGGGACGAGGAGGCACUGCGAGAUAUUCACUGGUGCCUCCUGCGACUCAGCGACGAACAUGGUUCCACCAUGUACGACGUUAACGUGCUGCUGCCGUGCCAGUUCCCCACCCUGUCGCGCUUCGAGCUCUACUGGACGCAAGCGUCGCCGCUGCCCUGGACCGUCAGCCUGCAUGCCGAAACCACCAUGUCUGGAGUCGGCGUUGAAGGCCAGGAAAGCUCCAUCGCCGCCCUCGCGCUGAGCCACACCAAGACGCUGCUUGCCAUGUCGUUCGGACACCGCUUCCCGAUAUUUGAUCAGUGCCAGCCCCUGAGAUUCGUCUGGCCCGGUGUCACACUCCAGCCGUCUCUGGUUGGUAGCGUGCCGUUCUCGUACGAACACUUCGCUGCAAGGGGCCCCUCUAUCGUGCGAGACGAAAAGAGGUCGACAAUGUACAUCUGCCAGGACUGGCUGCCGUCGAAGCCGUCUCUGGACCUUGUCAGGGACCACCAGAAGGGGCUGGAGGAAUCUCCGCAAGACAUACCUUAUCUGGUCGUGCGGAAAUGGCCAAGGUUUUGCGGUCUUCUAAAGCGGAAUGCCGCCCUCAUCGGCGGUGAAGCUGUCCAACAAGAGCAACAAGGUUCCGACCAGCCCCCGAAGGACAACAAGAGACCCUAUCCCCGAAUCGUGCCAGCGAGCGACUGUAUAGUCGACGACGACAGCCUGACAAUGACUAUGGCGCAGUUCGGCAUGUUGAUACCGUCCAUCACCAACGCCAUGGAGAAUUAUAUGGUGGCCGAAGAGCUUCUAAGAACGACACCGCUGGGGACGCUCGGGUUCAAGGACGUGGCGCUUGUGGUGACGGCGCUCAGCGCGCCGUCUUCGCAAAAUGUGACAAACUACGAGCGCAUAGAGUUCCUAGGCGACUCGAUCCUCAAGCUGUGCGCCUCCAUCACGUGUGCGGCCAAUAACCUGGAGUACCCCGAGGGCUACCUUAGUCUCGUAAAGGACAGGAUCGUGUCAAACUCGAGGCUAUGCCGGGCAGCGGUCAAGUUUGGGCUGGACCGGUUCAUCAUCACGAAGCAGCACACGCUCCGGGGCUGGAAGAGGGUCCUCCAGGCGAUGGAGGCGCAGCGAGAUCUAUCGACCAAGACGCUGGCCGACGUGGUGGAGGCGCUGAUAGGGGCGGCGCUGAUCGAGGGCGGCAUGGACAAGGCGCUGCGCUGCAUCUCGCUGUUCCUCCCGGACGAGGAGUGGCGCAGCCUCGAUCUGGGCCGCCAGAUCCUGUACCAGGCGGCGCCAAAGAGCGUCAAGAAACUGCCGGUGACCAUGAGGCCCGUCGAGGGGCUGCUGGGCUACACGUUCCGCAACAAGGCGCUGUUGGUGGAGGCCCUGACGCACUCGUCGUACAGCGUCCCCGGCUCCGAGACGGGGUGCCUCGAGAGACUCGAGUUCCUGGGCGACAGCAUCCUGGACAGCGUCGUGGUGGAGAAGCUCUUUGCGAUCGGUGGCGGCGACGGCGACGGCGACAAUGGCAGGCCGCCGCUAGCGCACACCGACAUGCAUCUGCUCCGCACCGCCAUGGUGAACGGCGACUUCCUGGCCUUCCUCACCAUGGAGUGGCGGACGCCGGCGACGGCGCAGUACAAGGUCAGGGGCGGGAAGAGGAAGCGGUACGGAAGUGAGGACUACGGCGACGAGCAUGCGAUGGGGGAGAAUGAAGAGGGGGAGGCUCUCAAGGUGGAGCAGUCGGAGCGGCCGGGCCUGCCGCUCUGGACCUUUAUGCGGCACACGUCGGGCGACCUGACACCCGAGCAGCAGCAGACGGCGCGGCGGCACGCGGCGCUGGCGGGCCAGAUCCGGCGGGCCAUGCAGAACGACAGGCGGUACCCGUGGGACCUGCUAGCGCGGCUGCGGGCGGCAAAGGUCUACUCGGACGUGUUCGAGGCCGUCAUCGGGGCCGUCUGGGUCGACUCGGGCUCGCUCGACGUCUGCUCGGGCGUGGCGGAGCGGGCGGGGAUCCUGCCGUACCUCCGGCGCUGCAUCGCCGACGGCGUCAAGAUACUGCACCCCAAGGAGGAGCUGGGCCGGCUCGCCGUCAGCGACAAGGUAACGUACCUGGUCAGGGAGGUGGACCCGUGGCAGGAGCUCCACCGGCGGCCCUUGUCGUCGCUGUCGUCGUCCUCGUCGUCUUCGAUGACGACGGCGGAGCACGAAGAAGACAUCAACGCGCUCGAGCAGGAUAAGCUAUUUGAGUGCGCGGUCCUGGUCGGCAAGAGGCGCGUGGCGACCGUGUCGGACGGGGUCAGCCGCGAGGAGGCCAAGACGCGGGCGGCGGGGGUGGCGGUCCGGCUAUGGGAGGAGGCCGGGGGGACGUGGGAGGGGGUUGGGGUGGUUGCUGGAGGGUGAGUGGACUGGUGUACGGUAUUCGGUGUUGAGGGUAUGGGAUAUGGGAGACCUGGGAUAGGAUCGGGUAUGUGUCUGGGUAUAGGGAUCUUGUAUACGGAACAUGGGAUCGGAUAUGGGCUUGAAUUUAUUCAACUGCAUACACCAUGGGCUACAUAAAAUCUUUGCGAUCGCAACUAUGUUUUUAAUUGUACGAGAGCUAGAAAAAAAAACAGGUUGCCAGUUGGCUCUUUGUGAA